AUGCUCGCGCAUGGUGCAGCAGCGCUGUGGGUGUGUGAGUGUGGCUUUCGGAACCGCGACUCCAAUGUCGUUUGUGGUGGUUUCGGCAAGCUCGGUUGCAAGAAGCCCCGGCCACAAUCACAGCAGGAGGACUUGACACAACAUCCUGGCCUGAGUUUGCAGGCAGAUGUUGUGCUUACUGAGACGCCUGCCGGUCCAGCACUAGAUGUGUCGCCACCAGAUGAUCUUGAGCUGAAGCUUCUCAGCCUUUUACAGAGAGAGCCGGAGUUGCAGCCGCCUUUGGAUGCGACAGACACGACAGACUCCCAGAUUCUUGGAAACGCCGCAGUGCAACCGCUCCCCUCCCAAAGUACACCGGAGAUGCUGGAAUGGACGUGCCAAUGUGGAUUCCGGAAUCGUGCAUCCAACGCUGUUUGUGGGGGCACUGGACGUCUGGGUUGCGGCUUGCCGGGGCCGCGAAGCUUUCAAACAGCCGGCGCGGGCUCCGGCUCGAGCCCUUCCCCGCAUCCCGCGAAGCUUCAAGUCGCUCCAGUGGUUCACGCGGAAGCCAGGACUGCCGAGGAGCCGGAGAAAGUCCUCGCUGGCUCGGGAUCGCAGACCACUGCGAUUGCCGGUGGAGCCUGGGUCUGCACCAGUUGUGGGUGGAGGAAUCAGGCCUGCAACGAUGUGUGCGGUGGUGUUGGGCGCCUGGGGUGCAAAGCUCCGCGGAGUGGACGUGCAGAGGAGCCCGACAUGAUGCCAGUGCAGGAGAAAUGGACCUGCCAAGCUUGUGGAGCCGAGAACGAGGCGGACCAAAUCACAUCCUGUUCAUCCUGCAGCAUACCACGGCGCCUGAAUGGAGUGGUGAAAUCAAUAGGAGUUGACUACGGGUUCAUCUCCUGUCCACAGACAGCAUCUGCUUUUGGACGUGAUGUGUACGUCAGCAAGCAAGUCCUUGAUGCUGCUUUUCGCAAAGGCAGAGGUGCAAGCAGUGGCAUGUCAGUGAGUUUCAUCGUUUGGCUGAACGAAAGUGGGCAGCCAAAUGCAAGUAAAGUGGUUCCUGUCGAGGGUGGCAGUGUGCACGAGGACAUGGAGUUUCAAGGCACUGUGAAGUACAUGUCAAAGGAGAAGGGCUACGGUUUCAUCGAGUGCAAGGAGACGUUCGAUCUCUUUAGCUGUGAUGUGUAUGCUGACCUCCCAGUGCUGAACGACUGCUCGCUGGGUCAGCCCGUGAAAUUCGGCAUCAGGUUGGGACAGAUUGGCGGACGUCCGCAGGUUCGCAACCUUUCAACUGCUGGCCCGCCACCUGAGCACCUACCAGCCACCUGCAGUUCUUUGGCACGGGAAGUGCUAUCCACUGCUUGGGCAGGGCCAGUUCUGCUGUUGGGCGAAGGUGACUUCACGUUUGCUGCUGCUGCGGCCACCAUCCACACGGAAUCCAAACUGGAUGCCACAGUAGUGCUGGAGGAAGAUCUGUGGCAGGAACGCUUCCCGAAUCACCACAUGGUUGUGGAUGCACUGAAGGAAUUGGGACACAGCAUUCGUUUCGGCGUGGACGCGAAACAGGUCGACUGCGCAAACUAUUCGAUGAUCGUCUUCAACUUCCCAGCAGUUUCAGCACAAGAAGUGCCCCGCGAUGAUGGUGGAAAGCUGUCUGCGAGUGGAGAACUGGCGUUGGGGUUCCUGAUGAAUGCCAGG